AUGUGUGGCAAGUUCCUGAGGCAGCUGUUGGCUACGGAGAGCCAGCACUCCACGCCCGUGGGGCGCUUCCUACUUCCGGUGCUCAUGGGAUUCCGCUUCCUGCUUCUGGUUUCCAGCGGACCUGGGGUCUUCUGGGAUGAUGAGAAGGAAUUCAUGUGUCAUUUAGGAGAGCCAGGCUGCAAGACCGUAUGUUAUAAUGUCUUCCGCCCCCUUUCUCCACUGCGCUUCUGGGCCUUUCAAGUCAUCCUGAUGGCUAUACCCAGUGCUCUUUAUGUGGGUUUCACUCUGUAUCAUGUGAUUGGAUACUGGGAGGAACCAGGGAAGGAGAACAAGAAACAAGAGUCCCAGAUGUGCAAGCCGGACCACAGCAAGGAUGUCUCAGGGGCUGGAAGCCUCAAGCUUCUCUGGGCAUAUGUGGUACAGCUCGGGGCGCGGCUGGUCCUUGAGGGAGCAGCCCUUGGCGUUCAGUACCACCUGUAUGGCUUCAAGAUGCCCAGCACUUUUCUGUGUCGUGAGGAUCCUUGCAUCGGCAGCAUAACCUGUUUCCAGUCGCACCCCUCUGAGAAGACCGUCCUCCUGAAUGCCAUGUUUGGGAUCAGCGGGGCCUGUCUCUUGUUUACUGCCUUGGAGCUUGUGCUUUUGGGUUUAGGGAGGUUUUGGAGGAUGUACAAGCACAAAUUUCCCUUUUUAAAGAAUCUGCCAACCUCAAAGAGCUCCGUAAGGCACAAGGACGCAGCUGACAAUUUGUCAGUGGUGGAGACUAAAGAGCCGUUUUGA